GUAGGCCAUACUUAUCUUUCUUCCAAAGACACAAUGAAUAAAAUCUUGAUCGCAUGAGACCCCAUCUGAAAGAAAGACUAAAAGAUAGCUUGUCUUUGUCAUUUGAAAUAAUUUAGGUCCCCAAUUAGAACCAUGAAACAAUGACCUUCCAACCAUAUUCACCUUUCCAUCUCUGCAAUAUUCAUCUUCUCAAUAUCAUAUUUAAGUAUUUUAAUUAAUGAAACCAAGAAGGAAGGAAGGAAGGAAGAAACUAAGAGAAGAUGAAGAAGCUGAAUUUGUUAUUGAGGAAGUGUAAGACUUUGUCAAGGCAACUAGGAAGAAGCUCAUCUUAUAGUAGUUUAAGGUCAAAAUCUACAAGAGAAGAUUUUUGGAAUGUGGAAGAUAAUAUGGAAGAUUUUGAGACAAUUCUUGUUGGCAACUCAAGAAGGAAAUAUGUCAUAAAAUCAAAAUACUUGAGCCAUCCACUAUUGAAUGCUCUAAUAGAGAAAUCAAAGCAAAAGCAUGGGGAAAAAGAUCAUCUUUCCGUUAAGUGUGAAGUUGUGCUUUUUGAUCAUCUUCUAUGGUUACUUGAAAAUGCUGAUCCUAUCAACCUUAAUUCUGAUUCAUUUGAGGAAUUGGCUGAUCUAUAUGUUGUUUAAUGUGAAUAAUUUCAUUAUUAUUCUAUUAUUUGUUUUUCAUUUCUCUAGUCAAAAAUAUGAUUUUUUUCCCCUGUAAUUAGUCGUAAUAAGUGUUGAGGAGUGAUAACAUUCUCAUAAAAAAAUGAAGGAUAUUAGAUUUCUAUUAUGUAUGCAUUUUCCCAUUGGUUUACGGCUCUCAGUAUUCUUUAUUCAAGUUGUUGAUAUCCAAUGUAAGAA